CCUCUGGCCAGUGCAUAUGGACUUGCCAAGCAUAGAGAUGGGCGCUGGGAAUGGGCCAUUGCUCCUGGUGUGUCGCCAUCCUCUAGAUAUCAACAUGCUGCUGUUUUUGUUAAUGCUCGGCUCCAUGUAUCUGGAGGGGCACUUGGUGGUGGACGCAUGGUGGAGGAUUCAUCUAGUAUAGCCGUACUUGAUACUGCAGCAGGAGUGUGGUGUGACACGAAGUCUGUUGUCACUAGUCCUAGAACUGGCAGAUACAGUGCAGACGCAGCUGGGGGAGAUGCUGCAGUUGAAUUGACCAGACGUUGUAGACAUGCGGCUGCUGCUGUUGGUGACUUGAUAUUUAUUUAUGGUGGUCUGCGUGGUGGGGUAUUGCUAGACGACUUGCUUGUCGCCGAAGACUUUGCCGCUGCUGAAACAACUAGUGCAGCUUCACAUGCAGCUGCUGCUGCUGCUGGGAGGAUAGCAGGAAGGUAUGGGUUUGGUGAUGAAAGAACAAGGCAAACAGACCCUGAGGUAGUUAAUGAUGGCUCAGUUGUACUGGGAACUCCUGUUGCUCCCCCUGUAAAUGGUGAUAUGUAUUCUGAUAUAAGCACUGAAAAUGCGACGCUUCAAGGAUCUCGGAGACUCAUCAAAGGUGUUGAAUAUCUAGUGGAGGCUUCUGCCGCAGAAGCUGAGGCUAUUACUGCUACCCUAGCGGCUGCAAAAGCUCGACAACAAGGUAAUGGAGAAGUUGAACUUCCAGACAGGGAUCGUGGAGCAGAGGCAACGCCAAGUGGAAAACAGGCGCCUACUUUGAUCAAGCCCGAUUCUGUCUUAUCAAAUAAUUCUGUCCCAGCUGGAGUCCGGCUACAUCACCGUGCCGUGGUUGUAGCUGCAGAGACUGGUGGAGCUCUUGGUGGCAUGGUACGACAGCUUUCGAUUGAUCAGUUUGAAAACGAAGGCAGGCGAGUUNGAGUCAGUUAUGGAACCCCAGAAAAUGCAACAGCAGCAAGAAAACUAUUGGAUCGUCAAAUGUCCAUCAACAGUGUUCCCAAAAAGGUAAAUGAUUUGUCUCUAUACGCAUCGCCUGAUUACAUUCCACAAUGUGGCUUACCAUUAUUUGUCUGAUGUGUUAUUCAGGGA